GAGUAAGUCAAUGCAGAAGUGUGUGCACCAGGCAUCGCCAGCGAGGAGGACACGGUGAGCCUGAUGGUACAGAUUGGCCUUCUCAUCAGUUUUAGGUUACUUAGAAGAGCUGGAAUAGAUUUAUUACCGUAUAUUUGAACAAGCAUACAUCCCUAACAUCCAGUUUUCUAGAAUAGUUUAAUUGCAUGUAGUAUUUUCUAAUAUUUUGUGUGGAAUAAUGGUACAAGUUAAAUAAAAAGUAAAUAAAAUGUUUAUUUUUAAUAUUUUUCAUUUAACCUGAAAUAUUUCUGUCCCUCCAUUGUUCUUACAGCCCAAUGCUUCAAAAGUUCAUAAAGACAUCAGAAAUCUAUAUAAAUCAUAUGAAGAAACUCUAUUACUUUAUAUGAUGAACAUAUUUCAUUUAGACGUUAUUUCAUUUAAAUAAUUCACUUUUUUCAUUAGCCUAAAUUAAAGGGAUGGUGCACACAAAAAAUGAAAAUUCUGUCAUUAAUUACUCACCUUCAUGUCGUUCCAAACCUACAAGACCUUCAUUCGUCUUCAGAACACAAAUUAAGAUAUUUUUGAUGAAAGAGCUUUCUGACCCUGUGUAGACAACAACACAACUGACAUGUUCAAGGCCCAGAAAGAGUUUGUGUGGACACUACAAGCUACAUGGCAUCUCGUCCACGUUCGUUUGGACAUGGACCCGGAGUUUGACCAGCCCGUGUGCAAGAAGAAGAAGCUGUGGGAGACUGUGGCUGAGAGAGUGACUGCAAAACUGAGAGCUGAGGAAGGCACCGAUGUCUCCGUCAAAGCCUUCGAAUGCGACCUGAAGUGGAGAAACAUGUUAGCGACGUAUCGCAAAAAUGCUGAGCGAGCCAAAAGACUGGGAACCAAUAGUGUUCACUGGGAGUUCUUCAAGGAGAUGCACGAAGUGCUGGGAAGGAGCUACGAGGAGGUCGAGGCUCAGCGCAAGGCCAAGCUCAAUGGCACCAAGCUGGGCAAGGCCAUAGCCAGCAAACGAUUCACCCCGAUACUUCCCACACCCACUGCUACAGCACCACAGUUACCCAACACUAGGCCUCCUCAGGAUUUGCUGCAGUUGUACCUGGAGCUGCAGGAGAGGAAGCUAAACAUGUGGGCUCAGCAGAAAGCUCUGGAAGAGAGGAAGAUCGAGGCUAUCAAUAAUUUGGCACGUGCCAUUACUUGCCUGUCCCAGAACAAUACCAUACCAGUGCCCAAAGAGUGUUUGACAGACACCCCCGUUUCGCCAGGAAUUCCCAGGAAUUAGUUGUGUGCUAAUCAUUGUCUUUUUGGAUGAGAAAUUGAUUAUUAUUUUUAAAGAAAUGUGAAAUAUCUUGCACCCUUUUCAGAGAAUUGAAGAGUUUAAUUCAACAGCGACUUGUUGAAAUAUGCUUGGUUUUCCUUUCCUUCAUUAUUAAUUGUUGCCACAUUCAUGUAAAAUGAGUAAAGGACAAGUUGUACAUAGUCUUUUUGUGUUUUAAUAAAAGAAUGUU